CUGCACAUUCAGCCCGCUCGUCUGUCAGCUUUAUUUUACGCUUAGGCUCUUACUGCCACCUCCGUAGCCUCUUCUGCUCUCUGCCUUUCGCUUGACAUCUCUUGUGCCUAAUUCUCUAAUCAGCUGGAUUAUCAUCUCUUGGCACGGCGUCCUCACCCACUCUGCAGCCUCUCACCAGCAAAUCCCCUCUCAUUUCUCUGACACGUUCCCUAUUUGCCUCUCUCAGUGCCUGAGAUUUCCCUUCCCCUCCCCUCCCUCUCAAAAAGCGUUGUCCCGUAUCCCUCUGGAGGAGAGGAAAUUUCCAGCAAUGUUCUCCUCUGUCUCUCUCCCAUUCCCACUUCUCUUUCAAACCCCUUGGCAGCCGUUCCCCCUGUUCUGGGCAGCGCGGCUUCUCUCCGGCCUGCCCUUUUCUGCUUCCUCCCAGCAUCCGUACGUACUCGCUGUAGCAUGCAUUAUCUUUAUCUCCGGCCUCUUGAGUUUCUUUCUGCUCAGUGAAAACACUGAAAAUAGCUGCCCUUUCCCACGGUCUGCUCCGCUCCUCCGUCCUCACCUCUGUCCCUCUGGCCUCCCGGUGGCAGCAGGGCAGGACUGGGCUCCUGCCAUCCUCAGCCCCUCCUGCCCUCCCUUCUCCCUUGAAACGUCUCCAGCCAGCCCUUCUCCAUGUUUCCUUCAGUGAAAGCCCCCAGUCUCCCCUCUCUGUGAGGCAGGCUUGCUUCUUUUUCUUUCUUCUCUCUCGGACCCUUCCACUCAUCCAUAAUAACACAGUUUUUAGCAUCCUGGUGGAUGUUGUUCCUGGCUCUUCCCCAUCCCUUCAGCUUCUAAUUGCCUCUGGCCUAGUCCUAAUCAGAAGCUUUUUUCACACACCUCUUCUCCUUUAUUAUUACUGAAAACAUUCACACAAAUAUCUCUUUCAAGAUUUUAAUUUCUCCUCUGGCUUAUGCUCCUUCUGGAAAAAUUCUUGCCAUAUGCAGAGGAGAGCAACACAUGUGUGCGUAUGUACUUCAGGCGACAAAAGGAAAAACAGCUACAAAAAAUAAUGACCCACCUAAUUUGCACAGAAUCUAAGGAGUAUUUCCUAGUGAUAUAAAUCUGCAUAGCUGGCCCAAGGACCCUUAAGUAGAGCUAAUUUUGCUUCUUAGUGCUUGGAAAGUUCAUACCAGACAAAAUGAACUUUACUAGAAACAUUCAGUGACGAUAAUACACAUUAUCUAAGAGAUAUUAGUUAAACAUUAUGCUUAUGUGUGCAUGUGGAUGCACACGUGCCUGUAUAAACACACGUAAGUAUGCACAUGUACAUACACAGCUAUUUUUAUGACACUAUACUGGAGCUUAGUAUGCUGUAUGUGAUGAAAAAGCAUCACGUCAUUCAUAACAAAGUAGUGAUUAUCCCAAAUUUCCUCAAGCAACAAGUAUUUUAUUCAAAAAAAUGCUAUUCCUUUGGGUAUAUAACUGAGGUAUGUAUUUCUGGGGCCUAAAUUCUUUCAAGUAAUGGCAUGAAUCUAUAGAUUCACCUGCCUGAUCUUGACUUCUGAUAGUUACAAAUGAACUGACCCAGUUUCUACAAAACUUGAAUUGUGCUGAUGGCAAAAUUUUCAUUUAGUCUGACUGUGGAAAAUUAUCUCCUUCUUUUAUGAAGCUACGUCACCCAUGUGGUCAAGUUCAUCUAUAAAUAUUGGAUUUGGUUCCACAUAACAGUGUUCUCAUUCUUCUGACAGCCCAAGAAACACAGUACAUUGAUGUAGUCGGAGGAUUUGAGGGGUGAUUUUUUUAAUAAUUUAUUUAUUACUACAGCCUGCAAUAUAGAUUAGGUACAAUGAGGGUAGAGUUGAGGGGGGAGAAGCAAGAAAAAAAUAUGCUUGAUUUUAGGUUGCAGACUUUGCCCUUGUAGAUGUAUAUGGAGAGACAAACUCACUGUCAGGCACACGGGUUUGCCAUCUAGCUUAUUCCCUGUCUAGCAUGAAAAUUGCUGUAGGGGGUUGCAAGCACUGAGAAGUAUUGAUUGUUUCCUAGCUUGCUAUUUGUAUUAUAUAUUUUACCUAAUAAUAAGUAAUGCUUUUAGAUUAGCUUCAUUUGAAAUACGAAUCAAUGGGCUCUAUAGAUUCCCCACUUUAUACAUAAACAUGUCAGUCUCCAGUGGAGCGAAACAGUUUUAUCCCAGAUUGUUUAUACCGUAUAAUUAUUAAUCUGUAGUUUAAUCUCCUUGUCUUCAUGCGUUUACGGAUUGAUCCUGCUUGUUGAGGAGCUCCCUCAAAUCUCAUUAAAGGUACUCAGCACCUUGCCAAGUAACUGCUGGAAUGUCCCAGCUGAGUCCUGUAUGCCUGUGGACCUCCCAGUGCAUCGUACUGUACGUGUGCACUGUAAGUAGCAGUGCCUGCCUUGGAUCUCGUCCCUGUUGUUAGAAGCUUCCCUCUACACAGCCGUGUUUUGAACCACAAUAUAAUUGCUAGACUUUGGGUGCGCAGGGUUACGAUUUUCUCUCUGCGAUGUUCUCUCAGACGGUAGCUGGAAAAUCACUACCAAAGUGUUUCAGGCAAGUGAAUAGGGAAAUAAAGCUCAAAAUUAGGUGUUGAUUUUGCCAACGUUUUAAAUUUUUUGAUCUCUCCUAAAGCUCUGGUGCCCCCAUGCUGUGGAGCAAAGACAUGAAAUCGCAGCUGGAGGGUGGGUCUGGAGCCCCAGGUACAGCUGUGGCUGUAUUCCCAUGGAAAUCCAUCCUACCAGCCAGGUUACAAACUGCUGAAAAGAAAGCCCAGUGCCUGCCAUUGGUGGCUUCUGCCUCUCGCUGCCUCUGAGGUCUGGUUCCUGACAAACCAGGGGAACCUGCAGAGCCAUGCUCUGAUAGCUCUACCCGUGUUUAGUGUGAUGUUUCAGGCUGCUUGGCUGUUGAUGUUACAGGACAGUGAUGGUCAGCCAGCCACCACUGGGAAGCAGAAAUCUCGUGGUUCCCAUCCUUCUCCUGAUCUGCAUCAGGGUCAGGUUACACAAUGGCAUGCCUAGUUUGUUUAAGGUAAGGAAAUUAUACACAGGAGCUGUUAAAAGAAUAUUUAGAUUGUCAAGUUGAGAGAAAUGUUGUAACAUAGCCUGCUCAACCUUCACUUGGAUCCUGUGUGCAUGCAGAUUUGACAGUCUUUAAUUGCAUGUCUCCAAGAUCUACCGAGAAUAUAUAGCUUCUCAGUUCACAUCAGAAAAAGGCACACAGGCUUUUUCCUCUCAGAAAAAAAAAAACAAAAAAACUGCUUGUAUUUCAAAUACUGUUAUCUCUUAAAGAUUGUCCAGACUGUAGGUAUGAGGUACAUUUCAUCAGCCAGGCAAAGCUUCCAUAGGUCACAGCUGCUGGAAGCUUGUCCCUGAGCAAGGCUGCCAUGGUCCUGCACGUGGUGUGGCAGUGGUGGUUGCCACCACGGGGUCAAAGUCAUCGCUGAUUUGUUUGAGGUUACUCUCAGAUUCGGGACAGUUAGAUGUCUCAGAGCGUCUGUCCCCUUGUGAAAGGAGAGAGAAGAUGGAAGGGUGUGAACGGCAUGUCUGUGGAUGAGAAGACUGACUCCCCCAUGUAUGUGUAUGAGUCAACAGUGCACUGUACCAAUAUUCUCCUCUGCUUAAAUGACCAGCGCAAGCAGGAUAUUCUCUGCGACGUGACGCUCAUCGUGGAGGGGAAGGAGUUCCGCGCCCACCGGGCUGUGCUGGCCGCCUGCAGCGAGUACUUCUUGCAGGCCUUGGUAGGGCAGACGGAAAAUGACCUGGUUGUCAGCCUGCCAGAUGAGGUCACUGUCAGGGGAUUUGGUCCAUUGCUACAGUUUGCCUACACUGCUAAGCUGUUACUCAGCAGAGAAAACAUCCAGGAGGUCAUCCACUGCGCUGAGUUCCUGCGCAUGCACAACCUGGAGGACUCCUGCUUCAGCUUCCUUCAGACACAGCUGCUGAACAAUGAAGAUGGCCUGUUCCUCUGCAAAAAAGAUACCACCUGUCAGCGCAUGCACGAUGAAGAGAACUCAGAUGGAGACGAGGAGGAGACAAUGGAAUCGGAGACGUCAAAAAUAUCUUGCCCAAGAGAGAGAAUGCACCAGGAGUCCUUCAAUUUUGAAGCCACUGUUGCUGGAGCAGACAAAGGAGAAGGGAUGCUGCCUGACCCUGACAUGCUGAGAGAUAGCAAGGACAAUUUGGACAAAGAUGCAGUAACACGGUACCCCAGAUACAAGAAAUACCAGCUUGCUUGUACCAAGAAUGUCUACAACACAUCACACAUCAGUACCUCAGGUUUUGCAAGCACAUUCAGCGAAGAGAGCUCUGGAAAUGGCCUCAAAUCAGGACUUGCUAUGGGGCAGAUAAAAAGCGAGCCUCAGAAUGAAGAGAACGAUGAAGAAAGCAUCACGCUUUGCCUGUCUGGAGAUGAACCUGACAUCAGGGAUAAAGAAGGGGAUGUUGAAAUGGACAGGAAACAGCCAAGCCCCACUUGUGUCGACAGGCCGAAAAGUGGGUCCUCUCCUUCUUGCUUGCGGUCUUUCUUCAACAGAACAAAAAGCAUAGAUUUGGUUGGCUUCCCCAGCACUUCCCAACAGCACUUUGGCAGGAGUCCAGCGUGCCCUUUUGAAAAAGGGACAACUCAGGGUGACCACAAAACUGAUUACGUCCCUUUCACGGGGAACUAUGGGCAGUCCCAUGCCAUGCAGAAGGAUGCUUCCAACUUCACAGUGGGAUCGCCGCUCAGGGGGCCCGGCUUUGAAACUCUCUGUAAGCAAGAAGGGGAACUGGACAGGAGGAGUGUUAUAUUCUCUUCAAACGCUUGUGACCAAGUAAACACUUCGGUGCAUUCAUAUUCUGGUGUGAGCAGCUUGGACAAAGACCUCACUGAGACUGUGCCAAAGGGUCUGUGGGCUGGUGGCAGCCAGUCUCUGCCCAGCUCUCAGACCUAUUCCCACAGCGGGCUGACAGCUGAUCACUUGUCGGGAAGGAUGCGGCCGAACACCAGCUGUCCAGUGCCAAUUAAAGUUUGCCCUCGCUCGCCUCCUUUGGAAACCAGAACCAGGACCUCCAGCUCGUGCUCUUCCUACUCGUACGCAGAGGACGGCAGCGGCGGCUCUCCCUGUAGUCUGCGUCUUUGUGAGCUCUCCUCUUCCCCCUGCUCCCAAGGCCCCCGAUUCCUGGCGCCCGAGCACCAGGAGCCCGGCGUGGUGGGAGAUGGAUUGUACAACCCGGUCCGAGCCCAGAUUAAAUGUGAGCCAUCCUAUGGAACAAACUCCAGCGAUGAGUCUGGGUCAUUCUCAGAAGCAGACAGUGAAUCAUGUCCUGUGCAAGACAGAGGGCAUGAGGUGAAACUUCCUUUUCCUGUUGAUCAAAUCACAGAUCUUCCAAGGAAUGAUUUCCAGAUGAUGAUAAAGAUGCACAAGUUAACCUCAGAACAGCUCGAGUUCAUCCACGAUGUUCGCCGGCGCAGCAAGAACCGAAUUGCAGCUCAGCGCUGCCGCAAGAGAAAACUGGACUGUAUUCAGAACCUCGAAUGUGAAAUCCGCAAGUUGGUGUGUGAGAAAGAGAAAUUGCUCUCAGAAAGGAACCAGCUGAAAGCAAGCAUGGGAGAAUUGCUAGACAACUUCUCGUGUCUUUCCCAAGAAGUGUGUAGAGACAUGCAGAGCCCAGAACAGAUCCAAGCCCUCCACCGAUACUGCCCCGUUCUCAGGCCCAUGGAUCUGCCGACAGCCACCACCAUCAGCCCCUCCCCAGCCGGCGUGGAGCAGAGCCUGGUGCCGUCCCAGUGCGUCGGGGAGAGCAUGCAGUGCUGCUCGGAGCAAGGCUCGGUGCAACUGGGAGCGCCCUGGCUGCCCAACAACGUCUCGGAGAAUUGCUCGGCCGGCGGCGGGGGGUUGGAUGGAGCUGAGCCAGGUACUUACCCCGAGAGAGAGCUUCCGCGAGAGCAGAGUAGCCAAACGGUCACGGUAGACUUCUGUCAGGAAAUGACUGAUAAAUGUACAACAGAUGAACAGCCUAGGAAAGAUUACACCUAGUGACUCGUAACCUUAACGUUACACCUGGUCAGGUGUUCUUCAGUCAGCCAGUGGCAGUGUUCAUUUGUUGUCUAGAAGAACGUAUUUGGUGCACACUACAGUGGUCUUAGCAGCAAUACUGUUUUUAAGUAUUCCCUCCUCUCUACAAGCAGGAGUUAUCUUCACAAUGGUGCUAUCCCUUGCUCAGGCAGGGAACUAAACAGUGGCAACACUGUCUGUUUUUGUAUGUUGAUUUCAAUCUUAACAGGGAUGGACAUAACACCUCUGAGGACCCAACCGCAGCUUUUUUCUCAGUGGCCCAUGUCACAAAACCCUAACUCAGGAAUUUCCUCUGAAUGUUCAAUUUUUCAUUGAAGACAGCUUCUUUACACAUCAAAGUUUUAUAGCUAAACUGUACAUAUUAUAUAUAAUAUAUAUAAAAUAUAUAUAUCCAUAUGCAAAAGUCCCUGCAUGCCUCAAUUUUUCUCAUCCUACAAACUGGAAGCUUUCAUUUACAUUGUAUAAACAAGUUCCAACAUUCCUUUUUGUCUUCGAUGCUAGAACUAGUUUGGUAACUUGUUACACGAUUUUUUUUUCUCGGUUCUCAGUUCAGCAAUAUCAUUCAAUUUGUACUUAUUUAUAAAAUUUUAAUGUUGGAGGCUUAUUUGAGAUUUUAUUAAUAGACAAUUUUUUUUGGCACAGCCAUUUCGUGCCACUUGAGCAAUGUGGAUUUAUUUUAUUUUCUUGCAGAUACUGUACAGUAAUGGUCAACUUUGCCACUUGCACUGAGUUUCUGGUCAAACCUCUUUUCAUAAAUGAAGUCGUGACUUCAGUGUAACUUGAGUAUAUGGUUUUCUUUGCUUUAUGGCUUAAAGAAAAUAGAAGAGUUUUAGCUAAUAGACAAACACUCAGGAGCUCAUUAUGUAGUAAAAAACGGUCUUGCCAAAUACUGAAUUCACUAUACAAUUUGUAAAGAGAAUCUGCUUGAAUUAUUUUUAUAUUCAGACUUCUUUCUGUUUCACAAACCAAGCUUAAGUGCUGUUAAUGAUGCUUUUGGAUUCUUAUAGGGUAAAGUAUAUUUCACUCUUUAGAGAAAAACGUAUUUGACAACUGGAUCUGUUCAUCAUACGUUCCACGAAGUAAAGUAAACGGAGAUCACAUCAAUACACUUCGGGGGGCUUCUUUUCCAGCCCCGGUCUGCAUUCUUUACUCAUGGAAGCAACUGCUGCUCCGAGUAGUCCCUGUAGCCUCACCUCAGCUUUCCUCAGACAUUACCUGUUUCCUUCGCCAGACCCGAGCUGCAGAGGUGGGUCUGGCGAAGUCAGAGAUCCUGCCUGGGUAGGAAGAGUUGCAGGAUCAGACCCCUAACCGUUGACUUUGGUUUCCCUACAGAAGUCAAGUUAGCACUGUAUCCUCUAGGAGCAAAUCACACGUCUGUCGACACCCACUCGGGUCGCUUACCCUUCCAGUUCUUGUGUUCCAGGAUCCUCUCGUCCUGCAGCAUUGCCCUCAGCACAAACCGCAGCUAAAAGAGCCCGGUCUCAAAGGAGACUACUCAGUGAAUUGGCUUAGUUGUAACUGUAUUGGAUUUGUAUCUGAAGCGAUGUUGACUCAUGUUUUGACUGUGUGAGACAGCAGCUUUCCGAGCAUCACAGCUGUAUGUACAGUGUAGACAGAAGAACGUCCUCCUAACGCUUUUUUAAUAAUUAUUAUUACUCUAAGUGUACUGAGUUUUUCUUUUGUGGUUCUUUGCCCUACGUGUGCCAGGUUGCGUGGCUUUAUCCUGGGCGACGACUGUCAUGUGCUUUACUGGCUGAUAUUGUUUGUUCUUGCUGAAAAAAAUGACCAGCUGUUCACACCCGUUCAAAAAAAAAAGGCAAGAAGAGUGGGGGGAUAGCGGCUUCUCAGAAGCACUGGGCGAUAAUGUGGUCUUCUGCACUAACGUUUACACUCGAGGUGUGCGCUGGUGCUUUUUUUGAGGCACCCAGUAGAUCAGCAUCUUUACCUUGGAGGAGGAAUCAGCUCCCUCUCUCCCCUUCUUCCAUCUUCAGACUGUGCUCAUGGACCGUCGCGCGCUUGCCACAAAGUCUUGCUUUUACCCUCUGCACCCACACUAUUGUAGUCGAGCUACCGAGGAGGAAAUGCAUAUAGCAUGUGCCAUGUUUGUUGAAAAUACUUUUUUUCCCCGCAUGUACAAAGAAAAUCUAGUAUAUAAUGUAGGAGAAUAUUUAUGUUUAAGUAUUAAUCAUUACUGUACAAAAUCCUUACCUUUAGAUGUUCAAAAGUAUACGAAUGCCAUAAACUCCUAGUUCACACGGUUGAAAAGGGGGAGGAGUCGUCCUUUCUUUUUACAAGAGCUUAAGCUAAAAAUAUUUGAACCCCCCUCCCGGCCACCUUUUGCAGGUAACUGAGUGAGAAGCUCUUGCGGGGGGAUUGGAUUUUCCUUUGGAUUCAUUGACGUUGCAAAGCAGUUCUGUGCUUCGCAGAGAAGUUUUGUUUCUAUGAGACCAUGGUGAAAGCUAGAAUUUAAAACUAAAUGUGAAUCACAUUAUAGACGCAUAGCUACUUGGGGGGGCUGGGGCGGAGGGAGGGAAGGGCCAACUGACACAGUAUUUUAAAGAUGUUUUUCUGUUGCCUUUUUUUUUUAUUUUAUUUUUAAGUGACCUCCUAUAUAUAUCAGUAGGUAGAAUGUUUUAUGAGCGUAAAACCAAGUUUUAACUUGCUUCCUGACAUGAAGAUUUACUCUACUAACAACUCAUGUGCAACUGGUACUCUUGACCUCAUUCCAACGGUUUAAAAAACCCACCCACACAACCCAUUGCGCUGCAGCUCUUAGGUUUGACCUGGCUUCAUCCUGGUGCUGGGUCUCUUGAUUUCCUCUACCUUGGGAACUGGUAUUUAAAACCACUGCUCAAAUAAGUGUCUCUUCCUCAACCUUUUCUCUCCUCUCGCUCUCUUUCCCUCCCCCGUGAGCUUUGCUGGAUGCUUGAUUUCAUUCUUCCCCAUUAGAAGUGGCUGAUUUCGUGUCAUUGCUUCCUAUAUUUACAUGUAUCAUGGUUUUUCAGUGGGGUUUUUUUUUGGUGGUGGUGGUGGUGUUUUUUGUUUCUAUUUCGUUUUGAGUUAUUUUUUGCUAUUCUGAACCACGCAGCUCUCAAAACUGUUACCGGGCUAACUUUAAAGGAAGGCGUUGGGAGAAUUAGUUUCAGACCUGGACGUCAGUUAGCAUCCCCAGCUGCUCUCGUCAUGGGGUCAGAACAGCUGACCACAAGGACGCCGUUAGAAAGAAAAGAACAAAAAGAAAAAAAAAAGAAAAAAAAAAAAUGCUGACUGCAGUAUUGAUUAGUGUGGAGAGUUUGGCCAAUGGUCACCAUGAUCUUCAGUGGGAAUCUCUUUGCAUUUGUCAAAGAGGACACGUGCAGCAUCUGUCCUGCCAGGCGGUGCUUGGGAAAGGUGCGACGAGCCCGCGUCUCCCCGCUGGGUGCUGCACCGCUCUCGUGGGCAUGCGAGUCCUCGAAGCUUUGUCCAGGCUGUACCUAGUCCUCCUCUUCCUUUGCCAUUGCUAUCCUUGUAUCGCCAGGAAACCUCAUUUCAUUUAGGCUCGUUAUGCUUUGUCAGGUGAGUACUACACUAUAUAAUGUGUUUGUUUCUCUGCGUUCUCUGGGGGUGCCUUGAACACAAUUAAAGCUCAUUGCAAGCUGAUUCUGGAACAAAAAGGUAGUGCAAAAAAAAAAAAUUUAAUAAGAAAAAAUAGAAACAGAGAGAGAGAAAACAAAACAGAAAACAUGCAAAACGCAAAAGCAAAAUGUUGGCUGUGUUAUCAGGAGAUCCCAGUAUUUAUAUCACAAACUUCCUAACAUAUGAUGACUCAGGCGUCAGAGUUUGAUGCUGCAGUAUAAAACUAUUAUUUUAUAUAUUGUACAAGUAAUUUAUUAAAUGUCUUUCUAAGGGUAUAUGCUGCUUUUAAGAUGCACUAUAUUUUUGGAUCUAAUCCUUGUAUUAUUUUUUCCCAAGGAAGUAAAAUGUGCUGCAAAGGCAAGCCACGGUGAUUAGUAUGCUAACUGCUACUUCUCUUUAAAAAGGAGAGUGGGAACUAGAUAAAUAACUUUGCUGAAUGGAUUAAGUGCUGCCAGAGAAAUGAUUAAUGCUGAUAGCGUGGUUGUUAAUCUGGAGUUCAACACUUCAUCAAGUCUGUAUUCUAAGGAGCGCUUAAAUAGAAGUUAAAAUGCCUAGAUAGAUAGAUAGAUUUUUUCAUAUGUAUGUUUAUGACUGCCUAAGGAAAAAAAAAUAAAAAAAUAAUAAAAAUAAAAAAAUAAAUCUGCAUGCUGGAAUCACUAUAAUAUCUUGUAAUAAAAUAAAAUCUGAUCCACUAGGAGAAAGCAUGAUGAAGCACUGUAAUGCCAGGCUCACUUGUGUCAUGUAAUCCACUACUGUGGUUGUUAAAAAGGAGAGGGAUGGGUUUCCAGAGGAGACCUGUAGUGAAUUUUGCAGUGAGACAAAGUGAAUGUUUGCCAGGUUUACACAAGCUCGCGUUUUGUCCUCUACUGUUGCAACGAGGAGCACUGCUUUCACCUUUUUUCUGAUCCGAAAUGCAUUUGGAGGUGUCUUCGGGUGAACAUUGUAGCCCAAGUUUGCAGCAUUUUACAAGUCUGUAUUUUAGGUCUGUGUAGAGAAAGUUUAGCUUCAGUGUGCGCAGCGGAGCUGAUGGCCUUGAAGGAGGGAUCUGCUAAGUAUCGGGUGGCCCAUUUUUGUUGGAAGUGAGGUGAAACUAAAACCGUUACCGUGAAGAACUUAUGCUCUCUUUCCUGCUAGAAAUUUUCUCAACAGAGUUUUCACUUCAUUUCAGUUCUGUCUCUGCCAACACAGUCCAAGUUAAUUUUAUAUACAUAUCUAUAAUACGUGUAUGUAUGUAUACAUACAUAUAUAAUUCUAGUCAGUGUGUGUUUGUGUAUUUUCCUGUUUAUAAUACCUAUGUGUAUAUUUAUAAUACUCCUUGGAGUAUUUCAUGACUCAGGCAUCAGAUCUGAUGCUGCAGAAUCCAAUAUAUGUGUAUAUGCAUAUGUUCAAAUACUGUGUGUAUAUUUAAAAGAUCUAUUGUUGGUGGUCUGUAGAAUAAUUAUUCUCCUUACUCUCAAAAUUUUAAUGGCAUUACUUGCAAGGACUAAGUGUGUAGUAUUUUCCUACACUCCACCAGGAUAGGUGUUAUUUAUAUCAAAGUCAAAUACUGAUAUGCAUUUUAAGGUAUUACACAUACAACGUUGCCAUUUUUGCAAAUAAAACCACUUUUUGGCAGGAAGGAAUCCUAAAAAUACCUUUUUGUAAGGGAAUUACCCCAAACAAAUGACUGCUGAAAACCCAGUUAGAUGACUCCUGUUCUCGUACGAAUUUUACUUGCUGUGGGAAGAGCCCUUUACGGAGGCGAAACGACGCGCGUGGUACCGCCCUUGUCCCUUUCGCCUCAUUAAGGGCACGCGGAAAGAACCUAGCAUCCCAAAACAGAAAUGGCAGCUGGCAGCGUUUGAUCUCACUGAUUGCUUAGAAGCAGAGAUGGUCCCAGACUACUGACCCGAACGGCCCCUGGGACUGGGGUCACUGUCUGGGCUCGGCCCCGUAGCCGGAGGAACCGCAACCUCCGGGGCGCAGUUGUACGGGACGGUGCUCCCUCGCGUUUGCGGUAUACCUGAGAGAAAUGUGCAUGCUAUAGAUACUGUUCCCACUACUACUCGUGCUCUGACCGAAGCUAUCUGGAUCCCGCAGGCUGGCAGGAAUUAUACUAAACACUUUGGUGAUAUUUGAUGCGUGUUUGUUUACUAUUGAUUUCAAGCAUCGCCUUUGAUUUCAAGGGUGGGGAUGCCCUAAGAGUUUGUUCCAGAACCAGUUGGUUACAAGUGCACCUCUUAUAUAUGCCUUACAAACUUCAGAGGCCAUAUUCAAAACAGGGUUUUAUCAGUGUAUGCAAGGGGGUGCAACCCCUCUUCUCUUCCUCCCCAGGUCAAACAGUAUGGACAGUUUUCACACAUAUCUACCUGUAUAACCCUCUGUACCUCUCAUAACUGGUCAAUGACUGUAACAGGUUACAUCAGGUGUUUUUUCUACAUACUUUUUACACAAAUUCUAUGCGAUUAAUGUAACUUAAUUCAAUGCAUCAUUUUAUUGUACUAGUUCUUAAGCUUGUCUUUAUUUUUUUUCUAGGUGACUGUGGUUUCUUGUGAUUUUUAUUGUAUAAAUAAAUGAGGUGGCUGUUGAUGCUUACUCUCUGUUACUAAGAAUUUUUACCUUUUUGGAAGAAAGCAUUGCUAUGAACUAAUGAAUUUAAAAUGUCAUUUACUCAAUGUAAAUACAGUAUUGUGCAAAAAACAAAAAUGAAAAAAAAAAACCACCCGACUCUCUUCAUUCAUUUGAAUUGCUAGUGUUAACUGAAUUUUGUCUAGACACCAUUUCUGUUGAUGAAAUAAAGACAUAUCAUUAUGUAUUGUAAACCGA